AUGCCCUCGACAGCGAUCCUCCGUCAACGGGCCGCAGAAUCUGCCCUCCACGACCAGACCAAUCUCCUGGGGACGAGACAACUCUUCAUCGUCUUCUCUUCGCUCGCGUCGGCGCUGUUCAUCUGCUACGCGGACCAAAAUGGCAUUGGUACCAUCCUGCCCACGGUCGGGCGCGAUUUCAAGGCCACCGACACGAUCUCAUGGGCUGGUACAGCUUCGCUCAUCUCCAACACGUCUAGCCAGAUCAUAUACGCGCGCUUCUCGGACAUCUAUGGGAGAAAACCGGUGUUCCUCUUCUCGGUAGGUAUGCUUGUGUUAGCGGACAUUCUGUGCGGCGUCGCCCCGGAUGCGUCGAGCUUUUACUUCUUCCGUGCCCUCGGGGGCAUUGCAGGUGCCGGAAUCAAUUCCUUGACCAUGAUGAUCAUCUCGGACAUCGUGACGCUCGAACAGCGAGGGAGGUGGCAGGGGUUCCUGGGUGCCGGUAUAGGUGGUGGCAAUGCCGUAGGUCCCUUGAUUUCGGCUGCGUUUGCGCGGCACCAGACAUGGCGAGCAUUCUUCUGGUUUCUUGCCCCGUGCGGCGCCAUUGCCGGCGCCAUUGGAUGGUUCUACCUCCCUUCGACCAUGCCCAAGGGGAACGCGAGGCAGCAAUUCAAGCUCAUUGACUGGGGAGGCAUUAUCACGGCGACCAUUGCCAUCGUGCUGAUCUUGAUCCCGCUGUCCGGUGGUGGUUCGUACUUCGAGUGGUCCUCGCCUAUGGUCAUUUCCAUGUUCGUCGUCGGCGGUCUGUCCUUCGUGGCCUUCCUGAUCGUCGAGUGGAAGGUGGCCAGUCUGCCCAUGAUGCCCCUGAGCAUGUAUACCAAUGCACCGGUGGCCGCCAUCCUGGCUCAGAACUUCUUUUUCGGCAUGGUCUACUACUCCAAUCUGUACUACAUUCCGUUGUAUAUCCAAAACGUUCGAGGCUGGGAUACGAUCGUCUCGGCGGCUUUCCUGGUCGCCAUCAACGUCCCACAGUCCCUCGUCAGCACGCUGUCCGGCAUCUUCAUCUCUCGCUACAAGCGCUAUGGGGUCGUGAUCUGGACGGGCUUUGUCAUAUGGUCGCUGGGGGCCGGACUGAUCUGCAGCUUCACGCGAACAACACACCCGGCGGUGAUCGCCGUCAUACUCUCCGUCUCCGGCAUUGGCGCCGGCUGCAUCUUCCAACCGGUCCUGAUCGCGUUGCAGGCACACUGCUCCAAAGCGCAACGAGCGGCGGUCGUCUCCAACCGCAAUUUCCUGCGGAGCUCGGGAGGUGCGGUUGGCCUUUCGAUCUCGGCACAAGUCUUGCAGAGCUCUCUUCGGAGGAACCUCCCAAGUCACCUGGCGCGCUACGCCCACGACACCUUCGCCCUCCCGACCUUGACCGGUGCUGACGACGAUGCAGUCAGAGACGCGUACAUGAGCGCGAUCCGGACUGUGUUCAUUGUUUCUGCCCCGAUGAUUGGUCUCUCCCUUGGGCUGUGUGUGUUCAUCAAAGACCGGGGCCUCCAGCGACCAGAGGAGAGGGAGCAGACGAAGAUCACGAAAGGGGCGGCGACCGAGGACAAGAAGCAGGACCUGCCAGAGAAGCAAGUACAGCCGUCAACUCUGGAAGAUGAUGCCGGACAGACCAUUCCGAUAGACGGAGACGAAGACGGAGACGGGGGGGAUCACCCAGAAACUAGAAUAGGCGUGCCGCCGCCACCACCGUCGCCGCCCGGCCAUGAUAGACAGCAAAAGGAGAUAAAAGUGCCAUUAUGA